CCCACCAGGGGCAAAACCGUAAUUACCACCUAAUUCAUUCCCCCCGCGCUCUCCUCGUAUAACUACCCCACCCAACGCGCGCACACACGGCUCUCUUGCUUCGAUCCCCUCGCUCCUCUUCUGCUUUUGCGAAAUCCAACGAGAAUUUGCUCGAAAAAUUCCGUGCGUCCUUGUGAUCGGUCGGCGGCCGGGGCCGUUCGAGUUCGCUGCGGAGAUGGAGUACGGGCGCGGUGGCGGUGGCCGCGGGAGGGGCCGCGGUGGUGGUGGCGGCGGCGGGGAAGGUCGCGGGGGUGGCUAUGGCGGUGGCGGGCGCGGUGGGCGCGGGCCUGGUGGUGGUGGUGGUGGACGAGGGUAUGAGUCCCGCGGUGGUCGUGGGUACGAGUCCGGAGGCGGGCGUGGGUAUGGCGGCGGGCGUGGUGGUGGUGGGUAUGAGCCCGGUGGUGGGCGUGGCAAUGGAGGUGGUGGUGGUGGUGGGUACGAGUCAGGCGGCGGCGGGCGUGGGUAUGGUGGUGGCGGACGCGGGUAUGAUUCCGGUGGGGGGCGUGGACCUGGCGGAGGCGGCGGACGUGGGUACGAGUCCGGUGGUGGGCGUGGCAAUGGAGGUGGUCGUGGGUACGAGUCCGGCGGCGGUGGCCGUGGGUAUGGUGGCGGCGGACGCGGGUAUGAUUCCGGUGGGGGGCGUGGGCCUGGCGGAGGCGGCGGACGUGGGUACGAGACCGGCGGUGGCCGGGGCGGGAACGCGUGGGCGCAGCCGGGAAGAGGGCGCGGAGGUGGUCCCACCCCCGCCCCAGCUCCGGUGCCGGCGCCGGCGCCAGCGACAGCGCCAGCACCAGCAGCGCGGAGGAUCCAGGACGAAGGGCCGUCGGGUUCCGUUGAGCGCAUUGCUUCCAGUGAGGUUGUAAGAGUAGAACAGCCUGCAGCCCCAGUUGCUGUGUCCCCCAGUGGCUCGCGUGUGCCAAUGCGAAGGCCUGAUGGUGGAGGUUCAGUAUCUAAAGCCAAGGUCAAACUGUUGGUGAACCAUUUUAUAGUCAACUACCGACAGGCAUCAACCAUUUUUCACUAUGACAUAGACAUCAAACUUGACAAAAGUUCCCCCAAAGCUUCAGACAUGGAGCUCUCCAAGGCAGAUUUUCUCACAGUCAAGGAUGAGCUCUUCAGGGAUGAGAGCUUUCGGCGGCUUUCAUCAACUGUUGCUUAUGAUGGCAAGAGAAACUUGUUCACUUGCGCUGAGCUACCAGAUGGUUUCUUCCGUGUGAAAGUCCGUUCACGGACUUACAUUGUAUCUGUGGAGUUCAAGAAGCAACUUCCUUUGAGCCAAAUCUCAGAACUGCCUGUGCCUAGAGAAGUUUUGCAGGGGCUUGAUGUCAUUGUGCGCGAGGCCUCACGCUGGCGCAAGAUUAUCAUUGGUCAGGGAUUUUACUCGCAAAGCCGCAGAGUAAACCUUGGGGAUGAUGUUGUAGCUCUCAAAGGAACUCAGCAGACCCUUAAGUGCACUCAGAAAGGAUUGAUCCUUUGUGUGGACUAUUCGGUUAUGCCGUUCCGCAAAGCUGGACCUGUGUUGGAUCUUGUUCAGAACAUUGCGACAUACAUCGACCACAGGACAGCACUAGACAUACAGCAAUUGGAAAAAUUGAAGAAUAAGAUCACUGGCCAGCGUGUGACUGUAAAUCAUAGGAGGACUAAGCAGAAAUACAUUGUUCAUGGUUUGACAGAUAAACCUGCCAGCCAGAUAACUUUUGUAGAUUCUGAAUCAGGACAGACCAAGAGGCUUAUCGAUUAUUAUUCACAGCAGUAUGACAAGGUUAUUAAGUACCCAAUGCUUCCAUGCUUGGAUUUGAGUAAGAGCAAGGACAAACAAAACUACGUGCCGAUUGAACUGUGUGAACUUCUUGAAGGGCAGAGGUAUCCAAAAGAAAGCUUACAUCGGGAUUUUGAUAAAAAGCUGAAGCAAAUGGCUUUAAUCCCCGCCCCAAAGCGGAAGCAGGAGAUUCUGGACUUGGUAAAUGCUGAAGAUGGGCCUUGCAGGGGAGAAAUAGCUCAGCAGUUUGGGAUUUCUUUGGAUGUGCAAAUGAUGGAAGUCACUGGUAGGAUCCUUCCUCCCCCCAGCCUAAAACUUAGCAGCUCCAAUGGCCAGCCCACCAACUUCAAUAUUGAUAAGCCUAACUGCCAGUGGAACCUUAAGUCGACAAAACUAGCAGAAGGCCGGGUGCUUCAGUGCUGGGGCAUCGUCGACUUCAGUGCAAUUCCCAGGGAUGAAUAUGAAUGCCCCCUGCAUAGGGAGAUGUUCAUUGACAAGAUUGUUAGCAAGUGCUGUGAACUUGGCAUAAAGAUGAACCGUAAGCCAUGCUUUGAGCAUCCGUCUAAAAUGUCGGUGCUAUCUAAUCCACGCGAACUUUACGAGGAGCUUAACAAGGCGAAGCAGGCCGCAGCCGAGACUAAACAGAAGCUGCAGCUCCUCUUCUGCGCAAUGUCUGAGCAGCAUCCUGGGUACAAGACGCUGAAGCUUAUCUGCGAGACGCAGCUGGGGAUCCAGACCCAGUGCUUGUUGAGCACCCUCGCCAACAGGACAAGGGGACAGGACCAGUACAUGGCCAACCUUGCUCUGAAGAUCAACGGCAAGAUCGGGGGCAUCAACAUCCAGCUGUCCCCCGAUUCGCUCCCGCGGGUCUCCGGCGCGCCGUACAUGUUCAUCGGCGCGGACGUGAACCACCCGUCGCCGGGGAACGUGGAGAGCCCGUCGAUUGCAGCAGUAGUGGCCUCGGUGGAUCACGGCGUCAGCAAGUACGUGCCAAGAAUCCGCGCCCAGCCGCACCGCUGCGAGGUGAUCCAGCACCUCGGCGACAUGUGCCAGGAGCUCAUCGGCGUGUUCGAGAAGAAGAACCGCGUGAAGCCCCAGAGGAUCAUCUACUUCCGCGACGGCGUCAGCGACGGGCAGUUCGACAUGGUGCUGAACGAGGAGCUGGCGGACCUGGAGAAGGCGAUCAGGACGGAGGGGUACUCGCCGACGAUCACCGUGAUCGUGGCCAAGAAGCGGCACCACACGCGGCUGUUCCCCAAGGACGGGAGGGAGAAGCACCAGACCAGUGAGGGGAACGUGCUCCCCGGCACGGUGGUGGACACCGGCGUGGUCGACCCGGCGGCGUACGACUUCUACCUGUGCAGCCACAACGGGAUGAUCGGGACGAGCCGGCCGACGCACUACUACAGCCUCAUGGACCAGCACGGCUUCGCCUCCGACGACCUGCAGAAGCUGGUCUACAACCUCUGCUUCGUCUUCGCCCGCUGCACCAAGCCGGUGUCGCUGGCGACGCCCGUCUACUACGCCGACCUCGCCGCCUACCGCGGCAGGCUCCACUACGAGGGCAUGAUGAUGUCGCAGCCCCCGCCGCCGUCUUCGGAGUCCUCCUCCGCCGGAGCGUUCGACUUCAGCAACUUCCCGACGCUGCACGAGGAUCUGGUGGACAGCAUGUUCUUCAUCUGACGGCAGCUUGCCGUCCUUUUCUUUUACCUUGCUUUGGUGGACUGCACGAGUCUCAGGUCAUAGGCUCAUAGUCACAACUCACAAGUUGUCUAUCUUAACUUUUGUCUACCGUGUCAUCAAUCUUGUAGUCUUAAACAAACUGUUGAGGCUGCACUGUUGCAGUGUUGCACACAGGAGAGUUACUUACUGGGGUCUGGGAAUAGUAUACAAAGAGUUCUCUGUAUUUUGCAAUCCUGAUAGCAGCUUUAGAAGGAAGGGGAACCAAAGAGUUUUCCACCAAACAAAACUCGCGACGACAACACUUACAGC